UUAGUUUAUCUGUGGAUGGCGGUGCUUGGGGAGCUACGCCAGCCUAUUUAUUUCGUAAAUUAUACGAUUGUUUAAGUAUUCUUGUAUUAUUUUGAUAAUUUUCUUAUUAUUUCUUACUAAAAAUCUCUUAUGAAUAUGUUGUUCGACAACAUUCGUCAUGUAUUUUAGUGACAUUGUUGAAUUCUGCCUUGUAAAAUUUCUUGGCGGUAACAAUAUCAUGAUUAACAACAAAUGCAUUAUGCUUAAAGAAUAAUUGUAAGCCAAGAUUAAAUAGAAGAAUAUUCAUCCGAAAGCUUUCUUUUAAGUUACUUUGUGAUAGUAUCGAAAAGAGAGCGAUACUCUCUCCGUCGAUAUGAAUGAUGUUCGGGAUAAAGUUGUCGCUGGAUCCUCAUCGUGGGAGACCGCGCCGACACUGAGCGACUCGUCUCCAGAGAUCCAGUCGUCGCCCGGCGGCAGCGCGGAGACCCCGCAGACACCGGGCGCGCCGGCCCCUCUAGCGCCACAUCUCGCCGCUGAACUGCACCCUGAUUUGCUGCAGCAAGGUUGGCGGAAGUACUGGUCGAGGCGAGAAAACAGGCCGUACUUUUGGAACAAAAUAUCGGGCGAGUCAAUGUGGGAGUUGCCAGCGGUUAAAAGAGAUUUUGAUCCUAUAACAGAUCCACUGGGGAUAUGCCACACGGGGCCCCCAAAUGCUGGCAACGUGACUCCCAGUGCGAGCAAACGACGCCCGUCAGAAGACAAUGGCCCACCACCAAAGAAAUUUGUGCUUGCAGGACCGUGGGACAUUGAAGUACCCACAAAUGUGGUGAUUUACGAGCGACCUCCGACUAUUUGCCCCCAUCCGCACCCCGAGAUUGAAGGAUUUCGAUUUAUUUUAGCUAAUAAAUUGAGGCAGUGCUAUCAGGAGCUUUGUCACACAAGGGAAAGCAUAGAUGCGCCAAAAGAUUCCUUCAACAGGUGGUUAAUGGAAAGAAAAGUGAACGAUCAAGGUGGAUCUGACCCACUCUUGCCCAGCCACUGCUUCCCGGAGAUAUCACAGUCCAUGUAUGAGGAAAUAAUGAAUGACAUACCAAUUAAAUUAACUCAUCCAAAAUUUACUGGAGAUGCCAGAAAACAACUGUCAAGGUAUGCCGAGGCAGCUAAAAAGAUGAUAGAGUCCAGGAAUGCUUCGCCGGAGAGUCGUAAAGUAGUGAAGUGGAAUGCGGAAGAUACAUUCCAAUGGUUGCGGCGUACAGUUGGAGCCACAUAUGAUGAUUUUCAAGAUCGACUUGCACACUUAAGACGACAAUGUCAGCCACAUUUGGCUGAAACUGCUAAAGCUUCUGUAGAAGGAAUCUGCCUCAAGAUCUACCAUUUGUCAGCAGAAUAUGCUAGGAAAAUAAGAGAAAAGCACAGCAUACUCUUAAAAGAAAAUGGAAUACAGGAGCUGCCGGCGCCGCUGCAGCAGGCCGCGCUGCGCAAGGUGUGGUGCUACCCGGUGCAGUUCGCGCUGCCUGCGCCGCGGCCGCCGCUCGUGGAGCACUUCCUGGACCGCGACCAGGCGCUGCUGCGGUACCUGGGCGAGACGCAGGUGCUCAACGCCACCUACCUGCAGAAACUUGAGCACCUGUACCGCUACAGCUGCUUCGACGACAAGAAGUUCGAGCAGUUCCUGUCGCGCGUGUGGUGCGUGCUGCGGCGGUACGCGGCGUGGGCGGGCGUGGCGCACGCGGCGCCGGGGGACGCGCACCUGGCGCAGAUGGCGCUGCCGGUGCCCGUGCUGGAGUGCCUGCAGCGCUGCUUCGGCGUCAGCUUCGAGUGCUUCGCCAGCCCGCUCGACUGCUACUUCCGCCAGUACUGCUCCGCCUUCGCCGACACGGACUCCUACUUCGGCUCGCGGGGGCCGUUCCUGGAGCUGCGGCCGGUGGCGGGGUCGCUGGUGGCGCACCCGCCGUACUGCGAGGAGCUGCUGGCGGCGGCGCUGCGGCACAUGGAGCGCCUGCUGCAGGACUCCGCCGAGCCGCUCAGCUUCGUGGUGGUGCUGCCCGAGUGGGCCGACCGCCACGCGCACGCGCUGCACAAGCUGCAGGCCAGCCACUUCAAGAGGAAACAGGUUGUGAUACCAGCGUUCGAACACGAGUACCGCCACGGCUUCCAGCAUGUCCUUCCAAAGAACGAGGUGUACUUCCGCUGGGGCGGCGGCACGGUGGUGGUGUGGCUGCAGAACGCGGCCGGCUUCGCGCGCUGGGGGCCCACCGACGAGCGUGUGGAGGCGCUGCUGGACGCGUGGCGCCCGCGCGCCAAGCUGCGCACGCCGCCGCCCGCGCCAGCGCCCGCCGCCGCGCCCGCGCCCGCGCCGCCCGACGACGCGCACGCGCCCGCCGACAAGCGCAGCUAACUCCGUGCUGUGACGUCACAGUGUGUCUUCAGAUACUGGUAACACUUAUUAAUGCGGUCCUCACACAUUACCACAUACACUGUGCUAAUAUCACCGUCUGUAAGCCGCCCCGACAUUUAUUAGUCCAAUACAAGAAACCCCUUAACAAUAUUAAAAUUGACUUCAAGCUAAUGCACACGCUAGCAAAAAAGGAAAUUUAAUUUUUGUCAAAAUUUAAACAUCCUGUUUAAUUCUGUUUCGUAAGUCAUUGUACUUUGACCUAGUUUUGCCUCAAAUGGACCGGAUAGCGGCAUCGCGGCGAAUAGGUAGGUGUUUGAAAAUACUGGAUGUUUUAAAAUAAUCGGUUUUUGAAAGUUUGUUACAAUCAUAAUUUCUUGGCCUUGCCCAAGUCAAACUGUGUUGUGUUGUUUACGAAAUUAACAUUAUCAAUAUUAUAAUUUUUCAUUCGGAUCAAAAAUAAUAAUUUUUCAUAUAAUUUAAUCUAAUGUGAAUGAAAAAAAUAAUUGAAUUAACUUACAUGUUUCGCAACAUUUUCUUAAUUUGCUUCUGUCCACAUACCAUCUCAAGGGCCACUACAUUUAUAUUGAUUCUAUACUGUCCCCAAGUCUCAAACGCCCUGUGAGGGCGUUGUUGUCUAUGUCGAGAACCAUAAACGACCACAUAGACCAUAGACCAAGUUGAGAGAUAGGUCAUGUUAAGAACAACGUGACCUGUAUUAGUUAGAUAGCUAGUUAGCUAUAUAGCUAAUUAGUCUAAACUCGAAACAUUAAACCUGCCUAAGGUGCCGCCCCUGUAACCAAGUGGCACGUCGAUUCUCUUUCUACGAUCGCAAACGCUUCGUAAACUAGAAAAAUGUAUGGGAAUGGCAAAUCUUGUUCGCGUAACCUGUCGAUAGCAAAUGUCAUUCCCAUACAUUUUUCUAGUUUUCGAAGCGUUAGCGAUCGUAGUAAGAGAAUCGACGUGCCACAUGGCUACAGGGAGUAUCCCGCGACGUAGCGAUGGUUUCUAUCAAUCCAUUUAGUUAUCUAUUUUCAAAAUUAUUUUUAACUUGAAAAAUGUUUGUUAGAAAAAUUAUAAUUUUGUUUACAAUUGCUGAAACAUUGCUGCAACUUAAUUAUAAAUACAUAUGUUUAUUUAUACAAAAUUCACGUCAUGAAUUUACACAUCAUGAAUACUUUCAUGACGUGAAUUUGUAGAAACAAAUGUUGAAAUGAUUUAUUUCUUUUAUUUAUAAUACAUAGAUUUACGUUAAAUUAUAUAUGGUUGGCAAUUUGGAAGGGUACUUGUUACCUGUUAACGAUAUUAUUUCUGCUGUCUAUUUGAGCGAGUAGUUCAAGUACUGUAACUACCUACAUUUACAAAGUAUCUAUAAGUACAUAUUUUAAUUUAUUUUUCAAUGUUUUAUAAGAAUAUUUUAUUUUAUGUGUCAGCGUGGAUGGGAUGAGAUGGUUAAAUGUUAGUAAAACUUAAUGAGAGAAAAAAUAGCACUCCCAUAAUAGCGACUGUAGGCCCUAUGGUCAUUAUAAUAGGAGAGCCCGGGAUGCUAAAGUUGCAGUUACUACAGCGUCAUUGGAAUCGAUUAGAUUUGGUAGAUUAGAUGAUAGAAAGAAUAAAUGGUUAUAUACUUUUUUCGCGUUCAGCGGUGGGGAAAAAAAACUACAGACUUUAAAGACUGUUUUUAUUACUUUGGCUUACUGAAAUCAUCAGAAAACAUUAUUCAGUAGAUUAUUUUAUUCAAAAUAAGUAAAAAAUUAACCGAUAUCGUGGCGCGAUAACAAAAAUAUAAGGGUUUUAUUUUGUAACUUUGGAACCCUCCCAUUCCAUUACGUUACGCUCAAAUCGUUAGGUUUUCGAAAUGAACACCUUUUAGCUAUCAACUCACCUACCUUAACCUAAUCUGACGUGCUGGUUUAGUAUUUCUGACGUCAGUUUUUUUUUGGUUGCCCUAAAUGCAUGCACCAAUAUUAAGGGUUACUUGUUGGAGAUACUGAACAACGUGCAAGCUAUACUUCCUUAUGUUUAUCUGCUGCGCUCGAGUAACUACAAAAAUCUCCUCUUCGGCUCCCCUACUAUUAUGCACCAGCCAAUCUACUCAUCGAUUCAAUACCUGUGAGUCUUAAUGUUUAAUUUUUUUUUUCUGUUAUAUGUUUGGAGACUCUUCAUAGCGUUGGUUUAAACCAUAGAUAUCUUAUAACAGGGUAAUGGUAGUGGCGUGCAUGGUGUUUUCGAUUAGGGUAAGCACUAAGCUAUAAAAAUAAUAAUAGUCUUUAUUCAGACAAUUUAGUACAUAUUUUAUAUAGUUUCUAAUUCUAAGGUGACACCAGCAACUUUGUCUGUUUCCCCAACUUUGGCAAAGGCCUCCUCCAUUUAGGUCGGUUCAAUGCCUUCCUUGUCCACGCCUCCCCUCCUUCCUUGUCCACAUCCUUAAUUUCGUCCUCCCAUCUUCGGAAGUGUCUGCCUCGAUUCCUUUUGCUGUUUCUUGGGUAGCAAUAUACAUUAUUUUUUUUUCAUUUCUCAGUACCUUUUAUUAUAUGGCCUGUCCAUUUCCAUUUAAGAUUCCUUAUCCUUGUUGUGAAAUCCUCUAUUUUAGUACGUUUUCUUAUAGUCAUAUUGUUUAUUCUGUCUGAUCUUCUUAUAUUUGGCAUUCUUCUCUCCAUUGCACUAAGCAAUACAAAAUAUUAAAUAUUUUAGGGUUGGCGUGCACGUUAUAGAUGCAUAAACGCAGUCCAUACCCUGAGGAUUCAUUAGCUUCCUGUAUUGGAGCAGGAAUUUUCCAUUUUGUACAAUUUUUACCUAUAGUGAAUACCCUAGCUAAAAACCUUGUGCACCCCACUGUGAUUGCAUAAAUAUUGGACGCCACUCUAAUAGGUAUCGAUCGAUCGAAUGGGACACAUAUUUAAUACAAUUGCCACAUUCAUUUGUCUCAUCACUACAAAGACAAACAGUUGGCAUAAACUUGAAACAGCGCAGUUCAACAAUCAUGUACGCCAGUUUGAAGUUACAUCGCCUGUUCGAUCGCGACCUGUCAGAAACGCAAUCUCUGAGCGGCCGGACUCAACUCAACAUUUCUGUUGCCUUGUUUUUAAAAUCUCUAUGGUCUAUAACAAACGCCUCUCGCUCUCGCUGGCAUGCUAUCAAGGAAGGAGAUUUCUAUGAAAUCGUAACUGUCCUGAAAAAGUAAUUUGUGUAUUUUAUUUUCAAUAAAAUGUGUUUGUUUAACACAAUGUAUGUAUAAUUAAUUAUUAUAAGACGUUUUGUAACAUUGCAAAGAAUAUAAUAAUUAUGAAUGUAAUAUUAAAAUACUAGAUAGCUAUAAUACAGAGAAAUAUUGUAAACGUGUUAGUUAAUGUGCAAGUGUAUAUAAAAUCAAUUUAGAGGCCGAAUGUGCACACAACGCAAUGUGUACAGGAGUAAAGUGGUUUUAAGGUAGCAUGGGUACGGUGACAGUUGCCUUAUGAAGUCCAUAAUACGUACUAUUAUCGCGAAACGCGGCCAACUUUCAAGAGCGAAACGUACUGUUACCCGCACCAUGCUAUCUGUAAAACACUUUAGUAGUGGAGGGGCUAUUCGGGCCAUUACUUACUUAUUUCAGCCUCGCGCUCCGAAAACAUGGAAAAGGGGGAAGAUGUGGCCGACAUUUUGUUUAUUAAAAGGGAAAAUUGUGUUAUGAAACCCAUCUAAAUCUUUGGGUUUGAGCACAAAGUGAUUUUGAUGAAACGUUAUCAAAAUGUAGAUAUUGUUUGAUAACGACGUGAGUACUGAUUUAUAAAGGAACCGACACACCAUGCGGACGCAUUAGUGAAAAAAGAACAAAAUGGCGGCUGGCCAUAGACACAAAAAUCUUCGAAUUAUAGUUUUUUUUCCGUGAAAAAGGCGUGAGGCAUUUUAGACUCCCGAAAAUACUUUUACACGAAUAUAAAUCAGCACUUGUUGCUUUGAUUAUCCGCCAAAAGAUCAUAUUUUUAUAUUUAAUCUUACAACAUCAAAAAAAAUAUUAGUUUGUCAAAAAUCCCAUCGAAUUACGUAUUUGAUAGGAUUUUUGAUUUUGUCCCUCCAUUGAUUUAGAACUCAAAACGCGACUGUAAUACAAUCCUCGAUAUAUUUAUUAAAUUACAGCAAAUAUCACUCGGAAUGGUACAGUAAGUUUGGUUUCUAACCCCAUAUCUCAGAAUGUCGGUUUUGAAAGUUAUGGUGGUGGGAAGUUAUGGAGCCCAAAAAAGAGUGAUUAUUAUCAGGUACCUAGGUAACCAGAAAAUAAACACUUUUUUUGGGCUCCAUAUAACCUAAAUUGUGCCUAUAAAAUGUAUGUAAAUAUAAAAUGAUUGCAAUUUAUAUUUAUCUAUUUGAUUUGUUUUUUUAAAUAACUGCUUUGUUACACUUUAUCAUAAAUACAUAUAAUUAUACUGGAUUUCUUAAUGGUUUUUGAGAGAAUUAUUUUUAUCAAAACAUUACACGUCAUUAAUUUUAUGACGUGAAUUUUGUAAAAAUACUUGUAGGAAUGAUUAAUUUCUUUAAAGCGAUUGCUAGAUGGGUUCUGUUUAUUUGAAACGAAUUAUUUAUAUUGAAAGUUACUAUGUAUUUAAUAUAUUAUUUUAUUUUAAAAAUAUCCAAGAGCGCUGUUGUGAUACAAAGUCUUUAGUAUUUAGUUAUCUAUCUACUUAUAUACAUAAAUUGAAAUCAAAUAAUUGUAUGCGCUGAACAUUGACCUCUUAUAAUAAAAGGACGCACAAUCAUAUAGAAAAUUUCACUUAAAACAGGCCAAUUUUGCUUUGACAGUUUUAGAGUUAAAGACAAUAAUACCUAAAGGCCUUUAAAUAUAGUCCAAUAUUCAAUAAAAUCCCAAAUUCAGAGCAAAUUCAACCUUAACGCUUGAAUUUAAGGUUGUAUUUGCAAAUGCGAUUACUUGAAUUGAGUACCAAGAAGUUGUGCUUAGCACUCAUUGAGCGGGGACGUUUUUUGGUCGCUGAUUGUGCAUCCACUUUUUAAUAGGAGAUCGAUGGUGCUGAAGUGCUAGGUCCAUCCAGAUGGUUUUGGUUACUUUUGCGACAGUUACAAUUUUCAAAAACAUAUUUAAAUGACAAUUUCUAAUUAAAUAUCAUGUUGACAUAGUAAGUGCGUGAUUGCGAUGUAGAAUUGUACAUAAAUGGUGCGCGUAAUGUAAAUAGAUUUUGAAAAAAAAAUUUGGUUAUUUACUUAAUGUAA